UAAUGUGGAAUUCGCCAUCUUCUUCCAGGUCGUAGUUUCUGCCUCUUUCCACCGUCUCUCUGCAGCACAGAUGAAAAUGGCAAGUUCCUUAGAUUUCCCUCUGCUCCACCUCUUUGUCUGCCUCAUCUUGGUCCAGCUGCUUACCCCUUGCUCAGCUCAGUUUUCUGUGAUUGGACCCCCUGGUCCCAUCCUGGCCAUGGUGGGUGAAGACACUGAUUUACCAUGUCAUCUUUCCCUGAAGAUGAGUGCAGAGACCAUGGAGCUAAUGUGGGUGAGAUCCAGCCUUAGGGAGGUAGUAUAUGAGUAUGCAAAUGAGAAGGAAGUAGAAGACCAACAGAUGGCAGAGUAUCGAGGGAGAACUUCGAUUUUAAGAGAUGGCAUCACUGAAGGGAAGGCCACUCUCCGAAUUUAUGGUGUCAGAGUCUCUGACAGUGGAAACUACCUUUGUUAUUUCCAAGAUGAAAACUUCUAUGAAAAAGCCAUGGUGGAGCUGAAGGUUGCAGCAUUGGGUUCUGAUUGUCACAUUGAAAUGAAGGGUCAUGAGGAUGGAGGGAUCCGUUUGGAUUGCAUGUCCGCUGGCUGGUAUCCUCGACCCGAAAUACAGUGGAUAGACGCCAAGGGAACAGACAUGCCAGCUGUACCAGGACCUUUGGAGUUGGACGGAGCAGAUCUGUAUGCAGUCGCAGCAUCUGUGAUCGUGAAAGAUGACUCUGAAGACGAGGUAUCCUGUAUCAUCAGAAAUCCCCUCCUCAGGCAGGAAAAGUCAGCCAGGAUUUCCAUUGCAGACCCCUUCUUCUGGAGAGCCAGGCCCUGGAUAGUAGCUUUGGCUGGGACCCUGCCUGUCUUGCUGCUGCUUCUUGCAGGGGCUGCUUACUUCCUCUGGAAACAGCAGCAGGUGAUAGAGAGAGAGCAAGCAGAAAAGGAAGAGGAACGAAGGGAAAGAGGGUACCUCCAGCGUAUACUGCGUAGAUUGAAGUCUCUGGACUAUGAUGAAUGGAAGAUGGCCCUCUUCCAAGCUGCGGAUGUGAUUCUGGAUCCGAACACAGCAAACCCCAAUCUCCUUGUUUCUGAGGACCAGAGGAGCUUGCAGUGGGUGGACCGACGACAGAAUCUGCCAGACAACCGUAAGAGAUUUGAUUCGCAUUACUCUGUGCUUGGCUGCGAGAGCUUCACAUCAGGGAGACAUUUCUGGGAGGUGGAGGUGGGAGAUAGGAAAAACUGGCAUGUCGGGGUGUGCAUGGAGAAUGUGGAGAGGAAAUACUCUAUUUGUAGAGCACCCAAAAAUGGAUUCUGGACUAUGGAGCUGUCUAAUGGGGAAGACUAUCAAGCUCUCGCUCACUUCAGGACCAAGCUGAAAAUUGCCAACCCUCCUCAAAGAGUGGGGGUUUUCCUGGACUAUGAGAAUGGUGAGGUCUCAUUCUACAAUGCUGUGGAUGGAUCUCAUAUCUACACGUUCCCGCAAACCUCCUUCUCCGGGCCUCUGUGCCCUAUUUUUGGAAUUUCAACACUAGAUCCCACUGCCUUGACCAUUUGCCCAGCACUGACCUGAAUGCAGAGUUCUCUUGUUACUGACCUAGUGUCUGAGCUUUCCCUGGAGACCCCAGGCACCCUGGGCUCUGCUGAUUGGAAGGGACUCUAAGGAUGAAGUAACAUCCUAGCUUCCCCUUGCCCAGCGUGGAGCUGAGGGCCUCCUCCUUCAUAGCAACACAUCACAACAAUGAAAUACUUGCUAAAUACACACACUGUGUGAAGCACUUCACUCAUAUUAAUUCCAUUAUUCCAUAUGACAGUUGAGUUUGGUACCACUUUAUUGUCUCCCUUCUAUAGAUAAGGAAACAGGGAUGCAGAAAAUUGAAUUAACUUUCCCAAGGUGACUCAGCAGUGAAUGACAGUUAGAAUUUGAACAAUAAUAACUAAAAUGUAUAGAUAACUGAAAAUGUACUGGGUGUUGUGCUAAAUGGUUUAAGUGACUUUUACUCAUUUAACCCUUACAAAAACCCUGUGAGGUAGUCUCAUUUUGAGAAUGUGGAAACUGAGGCAGGCCCAAGUGAAGUAACUUAUAUAAUUCACACAGAAAUUUGUGCUGCUGGGAGAAGUUGAGCCCCUGUCCUACCUCCUGGCCCUACCCUGUUCUUUUCCUGUCCUGUUUUCCCCAAGGUACUAUAAGCAGCCCUGAGUCUUGCUGCUCAGGGCACCCCAGGGUGAGGCUCACUGUAGGUGACUAUGGAGGCCACAUCCCCACUUGGUACCUUCAAAGUUGAUUGUCAGAGCCAUAGGUCUGGCACUUCAUUGGGUUGAGUGUGCAGGGCGAUGUGGUCCAGAGAGUGAAUUCACAGGGACUGCAUCAUACAGGAUGUGAAGGGAUUAGAGACCAAACCCUUCACUAACAAUGGGCACAUGAGUACUCACUCUGUCAAUGUGAUGCAUGAUUAAGGAGCCAGAACCAAUCUUCCUACUUUGAAGUUCUCUACAAGCCUAAAUUAACACCUAAAGAUUGUCUAUGGAAUAACAAUUUGGGAGGACAGAAGCUAGAUGAACUUAAGUGGUAUUUUUAUCCACACUGUAGACUCCAUCUCCAGGAAAGGGAUAUUUCCGCCCAUGAUCAUGCAUUGAUAUCAAUGGAUGUUCCUUUGUACUGAUGGAUACUGGGGAAAGGCUACUCUUCAUUAUCAUCACUGUUAUUGUUCACCACGGUAUCCACUCUACUCAGCAUGUGGUUGUCAAGUUACAUUUCUCAAAUAAAAUUAUUAAUAAUCUUCACUCUUCAA